AUGAGCCCAGAGCCAAUCGAUGCAAAUGCUAGUCUCGCACUGAAUGUUGGGCAGAAUGUUUUCUCCGUCACAACUCCAGACCUGGAGAAGAGGAAGGGAUCCAGUGUUCUGGCCGCUCAGCCUGAGACGGACCCAAUUGCCCUGGCCCUGGCCGAGCUCAAGGGCGUCGGCGUAGGCAAGCAGUCCAGCGUGCGCGUUUCCGCAGACCGCUAUCACGGCAUCGCUACUCCGACGCCCGGUUCCCAGCCAUUCUCCAGGUCGGUUCCAGCGGUAGGGAGCAGCAAUGCAACGGCCGGGGGACUUCGAGGCACGCCGCCUCCCUAUGAUCAGCAAGUCGUGCAGAGACUCGGAGUGCCGCCCCAGGCGGUGACAGCAAAGGCCAUGAAAGAGACAUCAGCCAAAUUCACCGACCAGACCCGUAGCAUGUUUAACCCGGCCAACCGCCCUGGGUCAAGCUACGGUGGAACGGCCAGCUCACGGCCAAUGACACGAGGUAGCGACCGCUUCCCCGAGAACAGCACCGAUGGAGGACAUGCGAAGCGGCUACAGAAGCGCCCCGCGCACUGCUUCACCGAGAGCUGGACCAGCCGAGGAUACUCGGGGUGGAUACCGAUCAGCGUCUCCUAA